AUGGGAAAUAAUAUCCCAAAAGAUGCUAGUUUUGAAUAUCAAAUCAUUAAUAAACUAGGCACCAUUUCCAUCACCUAUGAAGAUCUCAAAGGUAAUUUCACAUUUCCUAAAAUGCCUAAUAAAAAAACUGUUGUUUUAGAAGAAUUUCGUAAAUUUUUAGAUGAAAUCAUCUUACUUCCAUCAGAUAAACACAUUAUUGAAUAAUUACCAUUGAAAAUCAAGUGGAGAUUAGUUCAUAGACAUAAUAUUGAAAAAGAAAAGUUAGGUGAUUUAAUUCCGCAUUUAGAAGAAUCUGAGAAAUCAGAGAUACAACAUUUAGUUGAUGAAUGUGUUGCUAAACCAUCUACUAUAGCUCUACAAAAUUUAUAAAGAAGAUUAGAAAAUCCAGAAGAGGAUGAAUGGAAUUAAUUUCUUGUAUAUCGAGGGUAAUUUCAUUAUAAUUAUAUAGAUUAUUUAAAUUAUUAGAAGUCUUGGAACAAUGUGAAAUUAAUGCAAGAUCAACUAAAAAUUAUAAAUUAUGUGUUGCUUUUCUUAGAUUUAUCUAUUUUAUUAAUCAAUAAGAAUAAGCAAGUGAUGAUUUGGCUUCUAUUCCAGGAUCUUUUAGAAUUAUAUUUGCUAAUUUUCAUCCUGUUCAUAUAGAAAUGAGUUGUUUAGUUUUAGAAAUCUUUGCUGGAGAAAAUGGUUUAAUUUAUAAGGAUAAUGUUGAAGAUAUUUUAGAAUCCUUUGCAUUUUAUCGUAAAGAUCAUUCAUUAAAAUAUCGACUUGAAAUCUUUGUUAGAACUAUAUUUUAAUCAGAUAAUAUUAUGAUGGUUGUCAAUAUUUUAGGAUUCUUAAGAAAUAUCUAACCUCAUAUUAGAAAUGAAUUAGAAUCCUCUAUCAUUUCUCCUUAUAAUUUUACUGCUAUCCUUAAACUUAUUGAAUAAAGAAUCAAUGAAUAUAAUAUUGAUGCUUGUACAUAUGAAUCUAUCUAAAAUAAAUUGAUUAAAUAUCAAAAUAUUGAUCAUUUCUUUAAACAAAAGUCGCCCUUCCUUAAAAAUCCUGUUUUGUUAAAUGAAUCUCGUGAAGAUCAAUCAAAAACUGAAAACAUUUAAAUUACCCAAUUACCUCAAGAAGGAGAAGCACAAUUUUACUUAGAAAAACAUGAUGAAGCAUCAUUUUAAUUAUAAUAAUAAAGUAAAUACUUAAUUUUAUUAAAGAUCUUUUGUAAAUCAUAAAAGAAAUUCGUAACUUUGAAUUUGAUUCAGAAAGAAAACCUUCCAAAAUCAUUGAAUUUUCAGAUCAAAAACUUUUUGACAUUGUUAAAUAAUAAUCACUUUAACUUGAUUCCUAUGGUAAAUUCUUAUCUAUUUUAAAUUUCAUGUCUAAUCUUAAGGUAAGAGAUAUGUGGGAGCUGAGUGAAUAAGCUCUCUAAAGAUUACUUAUUGAUGAGGAAGAUGAUGAAAUUAUUGAAAUGCCUAAACAUGAUCAAAUAUAUGAAGAUUAUGAAAAAGCAUAAUAAUCAAUAAGAGACUUAGAAAAAUAAAUUAAAUCAAUUAUUUAGGGAUAAAAAUAAGCUUAAAUGUAACUCACUUAAAGAGAGUAAGAAAUUAUUAAAUUAAAUGAAAAAAUUACUUAAACUAACUCACUAUAAUAAGAAUAUCUAAAUUAGAUUGAUAAAUUAACUAAAGAAUUAGAAAAUAUUAAAGCUUAAACAGUCUUAAAAGAAGCUCAAAAUAUUGAAUAAUCGAAAGAAAUGGAAAAUCUUAAAAAUUAAAUUAAGAACCUUGAAAAACUAAAUUAAACUAUUUAAGCAGCUGUGCCAUCAAAUAAUACUUAAUAAAUACCUAUACAACCUUCCAAUACUCCUUCACUUCCUCCACCUCCUCCUCCUCCCCCUCCACCUCCAGUUAAAUCUGCUCCUUUACCUCCACCACCUCCUCCUCCAAAAAUUGCAGCACCUCCUCCUCCUCCACCUCCUCCUAUGAAAGCUGGGCCUCCACCUCCACCACCUCCUCCAGGUGCUCCUCGUCCUCCAGGAGGUCCACCUCCACCACCACCUCCUCCUGGUAACAAAGCAGGUGGUCCUCCUCCACCUCCUCCUCCAGGAGCACCAUAACCACCUGGAGGACCAGCACCUCCUCCUCCUUUUGGAGCUCCUCCAUAACCACAAAAUUAAGGUUUAAAAUAAAAAUAAAAUCCCAAUGUUCCUAUGAAACCUGUUCAAUGGGCAAUAAUAAGUCAAAAAGCAUAAAUAAAGGACACUAUAUUUGAAAAUAUCAAAGAUUUAGAUGUGAAAUUAGAUAUUGAAUUUUUAGAAAAAGAAUUUUCUAAAAAACAAUAAACACAACAAGCGGAUACAAAUUCUAAAACUUAAGCAGCUUAACCUUAAAAAAUCUCGCUUUUACAACCAGAGAGAUAAAAGAAUAUGGAAUUAGUCUUAAUGAAAUUGAAAAUAGCUCCAAAUUUAAUAUAUGAAGCUUUGAUUAAAUGUGAUGAGAAAAUCCUGACAUUACCAACACUAGAAAGUUUAGAUGUGAUCACACCAACUGAAGAUGAAAUAGGAACUGUUCAGAGCUUCGAUGGAGAUAAAGAAUUGCUUGGAAAUCCUGAGAAAUACAUACUAAAGAUAUCCUAAUUAAAGGGAUUUUCAAUUAGAAUUAAGGCUCUUAAAUUCUCCUGCCAAUAUGUUGAAUAUGUUACAGAUUUAGAUGCUCAAAUUACUUCACUUGAUGUAUUUAAUGAUUUGCUAAGUAUGGGAUGGGUUACUUAAUUAAUUGAGUACUCAUUAGCUGUGGGUAAUUAUCUUAAUGGUUAAUCUGCCAAAGGUGGAGCUUGGGGAUUCAAAUUAGAAUAAAUAGAAAAAUUAACAGAUGUUAAAGGAUAAGAUAAUAAAUCUAAUGUUUUAUAAUAUGUAAUUAAGUAGAUUAAAUUCAAUGAAGAGAUAGAUUUAGAGAGAUUUGACAUUAUUACAAAAUUACCAAUAUCUCAACUUAAUACAAAUUUAAAUGAAAUUAAGAAAGGUCUAAAUAUGGUAUCAAAAGCUAUUGAAUGUAAAUCAAAUGAUGAAAAUGAUAAGAUAGUUGAUACAUUGAAGGAUGUUUAAUCAAAAUUAUAAGAAAUGACAAAGGAUUUGGAAUUAAAAAUUCAAAAAUUAGACACAGAUUAUAAAAAGACAGCUAAAUAUUUAUGUGAGAAUCCUGCUGAUGCAAGUGAUAAAUUUGGAGAAAAGUUAAUGAAAUUUUUAAGAUGCAUAAAAUAGUAAAAGGAUAAGAUAAGAGAGGAGGAAAUUAAACUAUAGAAAUAGUAAUAAUAAUAAUAAUAAUAAUAAAAUACAAAAAAAUAAUAAGAAUAAUAAUAAUAAUAAAAGAAUGAUAUUAUACCUUCUUCUAUGAAAAGUUCAUAAACUAAGGCUUAAACCAAUAAAAUGGUUAUUCGAUCCAGUAUUUUGUAAGCAUAAAGACCAAGUAUGAUGGUAAAUAAUUUAAGAAAAAAGAGUUAAUUUUAAAAAUUAAUUGGUUGA